CUUGUGUUUUGAUCACAAUCAGCUGGAAUCAGCCCUAUAGAUUUACGUGUUACAAUCGUUCUUUACAAUAUUCAUAGCUUUCUUUAAGGCGUCGAUUGUUAAAUUAUGUUCUAAUAGCUUAGAAACAAUUUCGCCUCCAACAUGGAUUCCACUAUUUCGGUUUCAAAGGGAGUGUUUGUGUUUAAGAACGGUGCCACCAAAGCCAGCAAGAACCGUCGGAAGCGACAAAAGUGUCACAGUCUGCUGGAUCAGACUACGACGGAGUCAUUUUGGUAUCGCAGCUAUCAAAAAUUGUGGUGUCGUAUAAGCAAGCAGAUCAACGAACUGCAAACCAGCAGCUACGAAAAGAUUCUCGAUGAUCUCUUAGCUUUCGUAGAGGGAUGUUAUCAGGCGGGGGAGUACGAUGGCGUUCUUCCGACGGCAGCCUUACUCACAGGGAUAAAUCAAAUCGAUCAUCUGUCGCAGUUUGAAACGUUGGCUGGAAAUAUCAGGAAUAAUACUUUUUCACUGGUUGUGCUGCUGCAGUCUAGAAACUGCCCAACUAUGAAGGUUGCUAUCGAGACUAUUGUUACGGGUUUUGUGGAAGAACAACGACUCGCUGAAGAUAGUGAAAGCAAGCACCUUAGAAGAAAUCAGUUAAACUUAGGGGUGUUAAGGGCUUGGUAUCUAGAAAAGCACCAGCAUCUGGAUCGGAAACCAAAUUUAAGUAUAAUUAUGCCGGAUUUUGAAGUUUUUAGUCCUGAUGUGCUGCAGGAUUUAAUUCUGGUUUUGAAUUCCUAUGCUGCCGAGCUACCAUUUGUGCUGAUCUUUGGAGUAGCUACCUCUGUCGCUACGGUGCACAGCGUACUACCUUAUCACGUAACGAGUAAGAUUAAGUUAAACAUCUUCCAAUCGGAGCCAUCAGUUGUGAACUUGAACAAGAUUCUAAACAACGUUCUACUUACACCCUAUUGUCCGUUUCAUUUGUCCGGCAAGACUUUCAAACUAUUGGUGGAUAUAUUUCUGUUCUACGAUUUUUCCGUCAAAGGUUUUAUCGAGGGAUUUAAGUAUGCUCUUAUGGAACAUUACUUUCAAGGAAAUAUUUAUGCGCUUUGCAGCGUUACUAACGAUCGUGAUGAGCUAGAGGAAGCGAUUGAGCAGUUGACCUCGACCGAUCUGGAAAAUAUUCGACAGCUGUUAUCAUUCCGUCCGUUGAUCGAAUCAUUAGAUAACCCUCAGGAAGUGAUUGACUUCUUAACAAAGGAUGAUUAUUUGCGGCGGAUGCUACCGUCGAUGAUAAUUGAGGUGCAUAACUUUUGGUUUACUUUCCACUGUUCGUUGGAGAUACUGCAAGCUUUGAUUCUGGAUUUGCCAAAGACUCCAUUAGGAAAACAGCUUAGGGAAUUGUAUGGCCUCUGUAUUUCGACUGAUGUGACUCAAACGGAUGAGUUUAAGGAGUGUAUGCAGCUGGUGCAGUUCACGUCCAAGGAUGAGAUCCUUGAGAAGCUGCUAAAAAUGUUGGAGGUUAUUAAUAAGUACACCGAUUACAAUGAUGAAGCGAGUAUUCGGGGGGAGAUCAUUUUUGAGGUGGAACCAUUAGAAAAGAUGAACAAUGAUUUAGAACGAUUCGCCACAGAAAUUGCCUUAGCCGGAAUGAACCUUGUGACCGAUGAUGCUGUUGAAAACAAUAUCAACGUCAUUUCUCCAAAAAUGGGACGUCAAGAGUUGAAGGAAAAACUUUUGACAGCCGCCCGGCAACCAAAGAUGGAAUCUGCAUUCAUGAAGGCCGUCAACGGUCUGGUUUCAUAUAUCACCAAUGACAUUUUCCGCAAAUUCCUACGUCCGUUCAAUCGUGGUCCUGCUCUGAUCGAGCUGUUUGUGUUCAGUGACGCGCCCACAAUCCGGAGACAUAUUGUGGGAGUUCCCCGUGCUGCUGUUCACACGGCACUCAACAAUCCUCACUACUACCUACAGUGUGAAUGCUGUGAGCUGGAGGACAAUACCAGUCUUAUUUCAACUCUACCGGAUCUUUCGGUAGCAUACAAGCUACACCUCGAAUGUGGUCGUAUGAUCAAUCUCUUCGAUUGGUUACAGGCAUUCCGAUCCGUGGUGGACGAGAGCAACCUGGACGAACAGGAGCGCCAAGUGGACCCUAAGAUACAAGCACGCUUCACACGCGCCGUUGCGGAGUUACAGUUCCUUGGUUUCAUAAAGACGUCAAAGAAAAAAACCGAUCAUGUUACGAGGUUGACCUGGUGAAUCUCAUUAUACGGGCGUUUAUUGGAACGGAUUAUCGAAAACUGCCUUUUUUACAAAAACAUCCGUUGGAUAAAAUAAAAAUUAUUUAAAAAAAACCGUUGCAUUAUGUUUUGGAAAACAUGAUGCUAUUACCAAUAAUCAGUACGUGAUUGGUAACCUUUCAAAUCCCACUGACUGUAUCAUAGAUUUUUUUUCCUACAUAUAGCCUGGCCAUUAGAGUGGCUCGCGGUGUAUGGGAAAACUUUAAAAUGAUUUAAACUAGCGGGCACAGCACUUUUUGAAUUCCUUUUGUGGUCCCAAAUGCCUGCGCAAAAUUUGGUAGGGAUUAGUUGCUUCCCGGGUUUGCGCAUUGCGUUCAAAGUUUGUAUGGGAUUUUAUAUGGGAAAAUUAAUUAUUUUGCAUCUACGUUAUUAAAGAUCUCUAUUUCACUCAAUAUUAAAAACCAGCUUUAUAAAACUAUAGUUCAAACCUUGGUUAACAACUUUGUCGAAGACCGUAACUAGCUACGAGUUUUCAAAAAAUAGUUAUAACGAUUUUAAAACUUAUGGUAAAAUACAAAUGCAGAAAUUGAUUACUUUUUCCAACACUGCCGGUGCACCACCGACAUCGACAUUAAAAACUUAAAUAAAUGAGAAUAUAUUCAUCGCAAAGACUUGGUACCUUUGAAUGAAAUGUUCAGAAUUAAUUGCAGAAUAUCAUAGACGUAGUCAGAAAA